CUCACAUUGGGCUACUAAUAUCCCUCCGCCUCUGAACUCUGGCACCCCGUUAUACUCCGCUCCCCGCCCCCCACUAACUCUCGUGCCGGCAAUGAGCUGCGGCUCCCCCCAGGUGAUGAUGACUCUGUGGACCCUGACGUGCGUGGGGCUCAUCCUGCUGGGGGCGAUCCGCCUGAGCCUCGGGCUGGAUUAUGACUUGGAAUCGUUCGAUUACUUGAUGGAGGACAACCCGGAGGAGUUUGACUACAAGGACCCCUGCAAAGCCGCUGCUUACUGGGGAGACAUUGCAUUGGAUGAAGAUGACUUGAAGUGGAUUUUCAAAAACAAAUCUAAUGACUUGAGGAAUACUAGACAUAACCAAACACAUCCAACUACAGAUAAUUUCUCUGAGAAGCUGGGGACCGGAAGCCAGAAUGAAACCUCAUCCAACCUUAAUAGCAAAAAAGUCAAAAAGGGUUCCAGGUUGAAAUUGCUUAUUGCAGAGAAAGCUGCAACUGAAACAAACAGUACUUUCCAAGUGCAAACAUCGAAUGAUAGAGUUCGCCGAGCUGCCACGUCAAGAACAGAACGGAUCUGGCCGGGAGGAAUCAUACCAUAUGCCAUAGCGGGGAAUUUUACAGGUACUCAAAGAGCAAUCUUUAAGCAAGCAAUGAGGCACUGGGAAAAACACACUUGUGUAACUUUUGUUGAAAGAACAGAUGAGGAAAGUUUCAUUGUAUUUACUUACAGACCAUGUGGAUGCUGUUCAUAUGUAGGUCGUCGUGGAGGAGGCCCUCAGGCUAUAUCCAUAGGCAAAAACUGCGACAAGUUUGGCAUCGUGGUCCAUGAGUUAGGUCAUGUUGUUGGAUUUUGGCAUGAACACACCCGGCCAGACAGGGAUGAACAUGUGUCAAUAAUAAGAGAGAACAUACAACCAGGCCAGGAGUAUAACUUCCUAAAAAUGGAACCAGGCGAAGUGAGUUCUUUGGGAGAAACCUAUGAUUUUGACAGUAUCAUGCACUAUGCCCGGAACACAUUCUCAAGAGGUGUGUUUCUGGAUACAAUACUUCCUCGACGAAUUGAUACCUCAGUGCGACCUACAAUUGGUCAACGCAUACGACUUAGCCAAGGAGACAUUGCACAGGCAAAGAAACUCUAUAAAUGCCCAGCAUGCGGGGAGACUUUACAAGACUCAAGUGGGAAUUUUUCUGCUCCUGGUUAUCCAAGUGGUUAUCCAUCUUACACACACUGCAUCUGGAGAAUAUCUGUCACCCCAGGAGAGAAGAUCAUAUUAAAUUUCACCACAAUGGACCUGUUUAAAAGUCGACUAUGCUGGUAUGAUUACAUUGAAAUCCGAGAUGGUUACUGGAGAAAGGCAGCCUUGCUAGGCAGAUUGUGUGGUGACAAGCUUCCUGAUCCAAUAAUAUCUAGUGACAGCAAACUAUGGAUAGAGUUCCGAAGCAGCAGCAAUAUCCUUGGAAAAGGCUUUUUUGCAGCAUAUGAAGCUAUAUGCGGAGGAGACAUCAAAAAAGACUCUGGACAGAUACAGUCUCCCAAUUACCCAGAUGAUUACAGGCCAGCCAAGGAGUGUAUCUGGAAAAUUACUGUUUCAGAGGGAUUUUUAGUGGGCCUGUCCUUCCAAGCUUUUGAGAUUGAAAGACACGACAACUGUGCAUAUGACUACCUAGAAGUGCGUGAUGGCUUUUCAGAAGAUCAUGCUCUAAUUGGCCGCUUUUGUGGCUAUGAGAAGCCAGAAGAUAUUAAAUCUACCUCAAAUAAACUAUGGAUAAAAUUUGCUUCCGACGGAUCAAUAAAUAAAGCUGGAUUUUCUGCCAAUUUCUUUAAAGAGAUGGAUGAAUGUUCCAGGCCUGAUAACGGGGGAUGUUCCCAGCGCUGCGUUAACACUUUGGGGAGCUACAAAUGUGUCUGUGAACCUGGAUUUGAGUUGACUGCAGAUAAAAAAAGUUGUGAAGCCGCAUGUGGAGGUUUUAUUACACAACUGAAUGGUACUAUAACAAGUCCUGGAUGGCCAAAGGAGUAUCCAACAAAUAAAAACUGUGUUUGGCAAGUGGUAGCUCCAGCACAAUACAGAAUAUCUCUGCAAUUUGAAGUUUUCGAGCUUGAAGGCAACGAUGUGUGUAAGUACGACUAUUUGGAGAUUCGCAGUGGACUGUCUUCGGAAUCCAAACUUCAUGGGAAGUUCUGUGGGCCUGAAAAACCUGAAGUGAUCACUUCUCAGGGCAACACAGUCAGAAUUGAGUUCAAAUCAGACAACACUGUAUCCAAAAAAGGAUUCAAGGCUAACUUUUUCUCUGAUAAGGAUGAAUGCUCCAAAGAUAACGGAGGAUGCCAGCAUGAUUGUGUUAACACUUUUGGCAGCUAUAUAUGCCAGUGUAAAAAUGGGUUUAUACUUCAUGAAAAUGGACAUGACUGUAAAGAGGCUGGUUGUGAGCAAAAGCUUCUAAACGCAGAGGGAACAAUUUCAAGCCCAAAUUGGCCGGAAAAGUACCCAAGCCGAAAAGAGUGCACCUGGGACAUAUCUGUAACUGCAGGUCACAGAGUCAAACUUGUGUUCACUGAUUUUGAAAUAGAACAACACCAGGAAUGUGCAUACGAUCACCUUGAACUGUAUGAUGGACCUAAUGGUAAAGCUGCCAUUCUUGGGCGCUUUUGUGGUAGUAAGGAACCAAGCCCUGUGAUUGCCUCAACAAACAAUAUGUUCCUACGUUUCUAUUCGGAUGCUUCUGUACAAAGGAAAGGUUUCCAGGCAAAGUAUAGCCCAGAAUGUGGCGGGCGUUUAAAGGCAGAAAUUCAGACAAAAGAUAUUUAUUCCCAUGCUCAGUUUGGGGAUAACAAUUAUCCAGUGCAGUCCAACUGUGAGUGGGUCAUAGUGGCUGAAGAUGGAUAUGGUGUAGAAUUAAUCUUCCAGACAUUUGAAAUAGAAGAAGAGUCUGACUGUGGCUAUGACUACAUGGAAGUGUAUGAUGGGUAUGAUAGCACUGCUCCGAGGUUGGGAAGAUACUGUGGAUCUGGGCCACCUGAAGAAAUGUAUUCAGCCGGAGAUUCAAUUAUGAUCUGUUUCCAUACAGACGACACGAUCAAUAAGAAGGGAUUUCAUGGGCAAUACACCAGCACUAAAUUCCAGGAUGCCCUUCACAUGCGGAGGAAGUAACUGUGUCCCUGGCGGCAUCGGGCUGAAACGUCUCACUAUGUGGGAGCGUGAGGGGCGGGCAAAAGCCAUGCGCUUUUCUCACUUACAAUCUUGUAAAAUGUGCAUAAGAAUCUGCAUCCAAAUGUAAUAGAAUGCUUUUGUCUUGUGCCCAUAUAACAAGGACCAAAUACCUUUAUAUACACAUGGAAGUAGAUGCAAUUGACUGACCCAGUGAAGUUCCAAACCUCGUUUAUAAUGCUCUCCGUUUCCCCAAAAGGGUGCAGUGUGACCCAAGACUAGAACCACCAGUGCCAGCCCACUUUUAGCAGGAAUAUAUUUGAAAGCGUGGCUAUUACAUUACUGCUUCUGAAAUGCAAUCCCUCUAUUGUUGCCUAUCUUCUUAGUAUUAGGAGGCCAUCUUUAUAGUUUAAGCCAAACCCCUGUCCUUCUCAAUAGAAAAGUUGAAGAACUUUAACCAGUGGUUCUCAAACUGCUAUUGAAAUUCCUAAUAAAUAUUCAGCUGUUAGCAAUAGCUGAGAUUUGUAGUUCUGCAGAAUCAUAUGUUAAAGAAAAAAAAGUCAGGAAUAAGCUAGGAGAGAUGGAAGCUACUAUAUGCUGGUCCAUAUCAUGGACAUUCCUGAAUUGCCUAGUGUUUCCAUUGGUUACAUUUUAAUGGACACGUCUAAUUUAUUACAAAUUCUCACAAAAAUGCUGUAGUUUGUUUUUAUUCAUAUCAGACUGUGCCAAAAGUUUGGAUUUGACCCAUGCAACUAUUUUAUCCUGUCAUGUUGAUAUUCAGGAUCAAAACAUCCCAUCUUGCAUGUAAUUAAUGUUUUUACACUGCCAUCUAUUGAUACCUUUUGAGUAUUACCUUUAAGAGUAGAACUCCAUGAGCGUUAUUCGUCGGAUGGACGCCCGCCGACAAAACGCAGGGGACAAGCGUGAAGAUUCUGAAUGAAGGUAACAGCUACAUUACAUCCGACGAGACACGACUGUUGGAUGUGGACGCAGAAAGCAGCGUCUUCAUCCGACAGUCGGACCGUGUAGUUGUUUCCUCCGACUUUUCAUUCAGUCCAAUUAUAUCUUGACGCGCGCAACUCUGCGACUUGUCGCGUGCGUAUUGUCGACGGGCAUUGAUCCGACAAAAAACGCUCAUGGAGUUCUACCCCCUUGGAAUAAGUGCUGUAGAGGGCGAUUAGCAUGACCGACUCUUUCCAGUUAAUUUGCUUCCUAAUGUUUUGUACUUUCACAUUUUGUAGCCAUUGCAUCAUUUCAAGUGUAAAUAUAUUGUUUUAAACAGCCUGAUAUUAGCCUGUGCAAUACGUUGCGACUAAUAUCCCUCCCGCCCCCCUCUUUGCUUUUAUUUCGGAUUUAUUGUAUUUAUUGGCUUUACUACCUAAUGCUAUUUAGGUGAGUAUGGAGUCAGGUAAUUAAUAACGGAAAAUAUUGUAGGUAGAAAAUUCUUGCUGUUAAAUAAAUGAAAAUGUAUUUUUUAUAGUAUCAAACUUUUUCUAUGUAGCUAGACCUAAGUGCCACUUUUUUUGGUCUUUAAAGACAUUUUAAUGUCAUUUUUUUUUUACUACUAUAUUUCUGUAGAGCAUUACCACUUUGUUAACUGAAUGAUAUUAAAAUUAUUUCAUUUGUUAAA